AUGCUCAAGUUUUUCAGUCCGCGGGAUGACGAGAACGAGAGUCUGCUGGGAGCCAUAACAGAAGCAGAUGAAGGAGAAAAUCCAUCGCUUCAGGACACCAAGCAGCACUGGCUCAACAGACCUUGUCUGCUGGUGCUCAAAGAUGAAGACAUGCCCAAACCAAGAAGGCUUGAGUCGCCCUCUAAGACAGCAGAAGCAGAAGUCCCAGGAGAUGACCAACAGGAAGCGAAAGCAUGUGAUGCUACGGCCAAGAUGCUGCAAACCAAACCACACAAGUUGCUUAAGCAGCUGGAAGAGGGCAGCUGCACCAUCACAUCUGUUUCCAGUUGUUUUGGAGAGGCUGCUUCCCCCCUAGUGCUGAGUCCUGCUGAAGCCGCCUGGCCAGAGGAGGAUGGGGGGGAGAUGCAGCCCCAGAGGACGGCUUCUAAAGAGGAUUCUGUGGUUGAGGAGAAAGAGCUGGAGGACAGCGGACAAUGCGAGACAAGUGCUGAAGGUGGGUCGCCCUGUAGCAAGGAGGAUGGCGAGGGGUCAGCCGCGGGGCACACACCAGCAUCUCUGCAGGACCCUGAUAAUGAUUCGAGAGAGGCCAGUCCAACAGAAAUUCUAUCCAGUGAUCGAGCAUCUGUCUUGGGGGAUGUGGCCCCUGAGUGGGUCCCGGAUGCUCAGGCUCUGGUGUGCAUGAGAUGUGGGAUUCGGUUUACCUUCACAAAGAGGAGGCACCACUGCAGAGCCUGUGGGAAGAUUUUCUGUGCACUGUGUUCCAAUCUUAAGUUCAAGCUUAUGCACCUUGAUGGCAAGGAGGGCCGUGUUUGUGUGGCCUGCCACUCAACUCUGCUCAACAGAACUCCUCCAAAAGGAAAGCGGAGGGUGUGGUUUGCAGACGAGAUCUUGAGAAGUAAGCAGACUGAGUCCGCUCCCACCACACCGGUGCGAGGGCCUAUGCUUUCCCCCCUAAUGAGGCGCACACCGGCCCCUGACAAAAGCCCUGUGAGCUCCCCUCAGCUCACGAGAGCCUCCAGGGCUCAUGGGAUGGCAUCUAAUGAGGCCUGUAGUUCGUAUGGAUGGGGCACUGCGGCUUUGGUGGGCUGCUCCGUCAACCUCAUCCCACUGAAUGGUCUUCCACCUAUCCUAACAUCCACAGGUGUCAAAGGAGAUUACACUGUGGAAGAGCCCUCUGAGACAUUGCUCAUUCAGGAGUUGGAGAGCGGACGACCAAAACCACUGGUGUUUGUGCUCAACGCUAAUCUUCUUGCUAUGGUCAAACUGGUCAACUAUGUGAACCGGAGGUGCUGGUGUGUGACCACCAAGGGGCUGCACGCGGUGGGCCAGGACGAGGUGGUGGUGCUACUGCAGUGUUCCCCAGAAGAAAAGACCUUCCCCAAAGACAUCUUCAGCCACUUUAUCCAGCUGUACCGCGACAGCCUUACAGGAAAGGUGGUGAAGCACUUAUCCCUGUCCCUGUUCGGGAGCUCGUUUCUGGGCAGUGCAGACAACGCAGGCCUCCUGUACGUGCGAGCCACUCACCAGUCUCUGCAGGGCCUACCUCUGCCCAACCAGCCCUACCUCUUCGGCCUGCUGGUGCACCGCGCGGAAGUGUCCUGGGCCAAAGCAUUCCCCCUGCGCCUCAUGCUGCGUUUGGGGGCUGAGUAUCGCUUUUACCCAUGUCCUUUGUACAGUGUGCGAUGUAGAAAGCCGCUGUUCGGGGAGAUUGGUCGUACUAUAAUGAGACUGUUAGUUGACUUCCGAAAUUAUCGCUACAGCCUUCCAUCAGUACCGGGCCUCACUGUGGAUCUCGAAGCUCAGCGGACGUGCAUUAAGAUACCCACCAGCGGAUAUAAUGAGAUGAUGAGGGCUCUAACAAAGUCUAAUGAGCACGUACUGGCCAUCGGGGCGGGUUUUAACGAAGGUGCAGACUCCCACCUCAUCUGUGUGCAAGGAGACGACGGCCAGUACCAAACCCAGGCAAUCAGCAUCCACAACCAGCCCCGCAAUGUCACUGGAUCAUGCUUUUUCAUCUUCAGCAGUGCCCUUAAAACCUCCACAGGAUACCUCGCUAAGUCCAGUAUUGUAGAAGAUGGCCUCAUGGUGCAGAUCACCGUGGAGACCAUGGCGGAACUGAGGCGGUCUCUCCGGGAGAUGAAAGACUACGUUGUCACCUGUGGAAAGCUGGACCAGUCAGAGAGCCAGGAGCUUGUUUGUGUGCAGUGGGUGGAGGAGAAGUGCAAAGUGAAUAAGGGAAUUAUAAGUCCGAUUGAUGGUAAAUCCAUGGAGUCCAUUAAUAGUAAGAAGUUGUUCCAUAAAUCGGAGUACAAAGAGAACGGAAAGUUGAUCAGAUGGACUGAGGUGUUUUUCUUGCAAAGGGGCGACCAGGGCAAAGGGGAUGUGCCAGAGAGCGCGGAGCACAGCCGGCUCACUGAGCGAAUAGCCCGAGCGUUCUGUUUGGCCUUAUGUCCACACCUGAAACUGCUCAAAGAAGACGGCAUGGCCAAACUAGGACUACGCGUCACAUUCGAGCCUCAACAGGUGGGAUUUGUGGCUGGGAGCAAUGGUCAGCCACUCCCAGCGCAGUACCUCAAUGCUCUGGACAGCGUGCUCAUCCCGGUCAUACACAGCCGGGGCCGGAAAAGAAGCGACGAGUCUAUAGUGAUGGAGCUGAUUUUUUACAUACUAGAAAAUGUCACUUAA